AAAAUUUAUUAUCACUCUCAAGUGUUGUGCAUUUGAAAAGGCUUCAGAUAUGCAAUUGUAAGAUGAUGGAAGAAGUGAUGGUCAAAGAAGGAUUGGAAGAAGAAAUAAUGAGUAAGAUGUUACUCCAUCAACUAGAGUCCCUAGAGCUCAUGGAUCUUCCAAAACUCACGCGAUUCUGCACAAGUAAUUUAGUUGAAUGUCCUGUCUUGAAAGAGUUGCGCAUACAAAAUUGCCCUCAAAUGAGGACCUUUGUCUCCAAUUAUACGACUUCAAAUAUGGCAUCCAGCAGUGAACUUGACAUUAUAAACUCUGCUCUCUUCGAUGAAAAGGUUGCAUUCCCCAACUUGGAGAAAUUGGUGAUUCUCAACAUGGAUAAUUUGAAGAUGAUAUGGCACAAUGAACUCCAUUCAGAUUCCUUUUGCAAAAUAAACGCACUUACUGUGGAGCACUGUGAAGAACUAAUUAAAAUUUUUCCAUCCACGUUGUUGAGAGGCCUCCGGAAUCUUCAACGUCUGGUCAUACGUAAUUGCGAUUUACUGCAAGAGGUGUUUGAUCUCCAAGAGCUAAUAAAAAUGAAAGAAUCAGUAGCCAUUCAAAUGAGAACUCUACGCAUAGAAGGCCUUCCAAAUUUGAAGCAUGUAUGGAAUGAGGAUCCUCUGGGACUUGUCUUGUUUGAUAACCUAAGUUCAGUGCGUGUUUGGGAUUGUCCAAAUCUAAAAAUUAUUUUCCCAGCUUCAAUAGCUAAAAAUCUGCUACAACUCAAAAGACUGGAUUUAGACAGUUCUGGGGUGGAGGAAAUUGUUCAGAAUCUGAAUUGGGUAGAAACAAAUAUGGAGAACCAACCUAUGAUUAAAGUUCUGCAGCCACAUUUCUCCUUUAGAAAGUUGGGUAAUCUUCCUGCUUUGACGGAUAUGUGGAACCAUGACUCGCAGCUAGACCAAGCUCUUCGGUCUCUUGAAGAACUUCUCGUUUGGCUAUGUGACAGUUUGAUUACUUUAGCACCAUCCUCUGCUUCUUUUCAAAAUCUGACGCGUUUGAUUGUAUGGAAAUGCAAUGGAUUAGCUAGUUUGGUAACAUCCUCAACAGCAGAAAGUCUGGUCCAGCUCAGAGCUAUGCUGAUAAGUGAAUGUGAUGGGUUGAAAGAAAUAGUUGCAAAUGACGGAAAUGAACGGAAAGAGGAUAUUAUCUUUAGCAAAUUAAGAAAACUGGAACUUAGAUAUUUGCCAAGCCUCGUCAGUUUUUGCUCAGCAGAUCACAGCUUCAAAUUCCCCUCUUUAACGGAAGUAAUUGUGAGGAAAUGCCCCAAGAUGCAGGUUUUCUCAAUUGGAGUCUUAAGCACGCCAAGACUCCUCGUUGUACGACAUGAUGGACAAGAGUGCUGGAAUGGCAAUCUGAAUGACACUGUACAACAAUUGUUUGCCGAAAUGAAUGCCAAGGAAGAUUGACCCCAAUCCAUCAUGUGCUGAAGCUGAAAUAAGGCCAACGCUCUUUGUAAUUGAUUCAGAUGUAGAUUGUGGAAGGGCUUUCUUAUUCGUGUUGGGAUUAUCUAUGCAAUGUGUUGUUUCCUUCUGAGAUUUUAAAUGGUGAACGGACCAUAUUGUUCCCAUUUUAUUGUUCCUAAAAGCAGUCUGUAUUUGGUAAAGUUUGAAUUCAGAUAAUCGUGUUUAAUAUCCAUGAAUACACUAAUUUGUUAAA